AUGGCGUAUGUGGAUGGCAUCCAGGCUGGAAGAGAUCACUUGUGGUUUCUUGAUUCUGGGUGUAGUAAUCACAUGUGUGGGAAAAGAGAGUUAUUUUUACAAUUUGAUAAUAAUUUCAGAGAAAAAGUGAAGCUGGGCAAUGAUAUGAGUCUCACUGUGAUUACUGAAGUUUUCUUUGUGCCAGCGUUGACUAACAAUUUACUAAGCAUUGGUCAAUUGCAAGAGAAGGGUCUUACAGUGCUCAUGCAACACAGAAAGUGCAAGAUUUAUCAUCCUGAAAAAGGUUUAAUCAUGGAAACCGAGAUGGCAUGCAACAGAAUGUUCACUGUGCUUGGUCGCAUUCAUAAAAAGACUUCGAACUGA